AUGUUCUUCGCCGCCACCGCACCCCUGAGCCGCGCGCUGCGCAUCGCCGCGCCGCGCGCGGCGCGGCGCGCGUCGAGCCAUCGCCCGGGCGUCGCCCUCGCCGGCGCCCGCGGCAAGCGCCACCGUCGCGGCCGCUGGGAGGCGCCGGCGCUCGCCGGCGCCGCGGGCACGCUCGCGUGCUACGGGAGCGCCGUCGCCGACGCCGAGUGGGACGGCGACCGCGUCGGCGGGCCCUGGGCGGGCGUCAUCGACAAGGAGACGACGGGCGUGCCGGCGUUGCGGAGCCGCGUCGCCGCCGGCGACGGCCGCGGCGUGCUCGUGGCCGUGCUCGACACGGGCGUCGAUCCCGCGGCCGAGGGGCUCCUGGCGACGCCCGACGGGUCCAUGAAGGUCGUCGACGUCAUCGACGCCACGGGCUCCGGCGACGUCGACGUGUCCACCAAGGUCGCGGUGCCCGCCGACGGCUGGGUGACCAACGCCGCGAGCGGCCGCAGGCUCCGGCUGGACGCGUCGAAGUGGACCGUCGACGGGCGACCGUGCGAGAACCCCGCGGGCAUGGAGUUCCGGCUGGGCGCGAAGCGCACGGACGCGCUCUGGCCCGCGGCUUUACGGGGCCGCCUCGCCGCCGCGGACCGCGCGAGCUUCGACGCCGCCGUCGCGCCGCUCCGCGCGGCCGCGCGCGCCGCGCGCGACGCCGCGGUCCGCGACGGCGCCGCGGACGCCGCGGAGCUCGACGCGCGCGUCGAGGCGCUCAACGCCGGCUGCAAGGCGCUCAAGCCGAGCCGCGAGUCCGCGGCGCCGCUGCUCGACGUCGUCACCUGGCGCGAGCCGUCGUCCGGCGCGUGGCGCUGCGUCGCGAUCGACGGCGCCGCGGGCGGCGACCUCGUCGCGCGCGCGGAGGACGUGACGGUGCUCGGCGACUUCCGCGUCGCGACGGCGGCGGGCGAGCGCUCGAGCCGCUGGGGCACCUUCGGCGACGAGGACCUGCUGACGUGCAGCGCGUCGUUCUACGAGGGCGGCGACGUCGUCGCGCUGGUGGUGCCCGCGGGCGACCACGGCACGCACGUCGCGGCCAUCGUCGGCGCCUACGACGCGGCGGACCCGGACAAGUGCGGCGUCGCGCCGGCCUGCAGGAUCGUGAGCAUCAAGAUCGGCGACUCGCGCCUGGGGACCAUGGAGACGGGCGCGGGUUUGUGCCGCGCGCUGGUCGCGUGCCGGCGCCUCGGCGUGGACCUCGUGAACCUGUCCUACGGCGAGGCGGCCUGCCUCUGCGACGUGGGCCGCUUCGUGGAGCUGAGCGAAAAGCUCGUGCGCGGCGGCGACCGGGGCGCCAUCUUCUGCUCGAGCGCGGGCAACAACGGGCCGGCGCUUUCGACGGUCGGCGCGCCGGGCGCGACGUCGUCCGCGCUCCUGGGCAUCGGCGCCUACGUGAACCCGGCCAUGUGCGGCGACCUGUACGCCAUGCGGUCCCCGGCGGAGGCGCACCGCGGCGGCGUGCUCUACAGCUUCUCGUCGCGGGGCCCGAGCCCCGACGGCGGGCCGGGCGUGUCCGUCGUCGCGCCGGGCGGCGCCGUCGCGUCCAUCCCCAAGUACACGCUCCAGCCCCAGCGCCUCAUGCACGGCACGUCCAUGUCGAGCCCGAACGCGUGCGGGUCCCUCGCGUGCCUCGUCGGCGCGCUCAAGGCCGAGCGCGUG